AUGGCCAACACUCCACCCAUUGUCCUCGACGGCGGCACCGGCUUCCUCAAGGUCGGAUAUGCCGCACAAAACUUCCCCGAGCACCAGUUCCCCUCCAUCGUGGGCCGGCCCAUUCUACGAUCGGAAGAACGGACCGACAGCAAUGUCGUCAUCAAGGACAUCAUGUGCGGCGACGAGGCGGCCGCGGCCCGUACCAUGCUCCAGAUCAGCUACCCCAUGGAAAACGGCAUCGUCAAGAAGUGGGACGAUAUGCAGCACCUGUGGGACUACACCUUCUACGAGAAGCUCAAGGUGGACACGAAUGGGCAGAAGAUUCUGCUGACGGAGCCGCCGAUGAACCCGCUGAAGAACAGAGAGCAAAUGUGCGAGGUCAUGUUUGACCGGUACGGGUUUGGGGGCGUCUACGUGGCUAUUCAGGCCGUUUUGGCCCUGUACGCACAGGGACUGAGCUCGGGUGUCGUUGUCGACUCGGGAGACGGCGUUACACACAUUGUUCCAGUGUACGAGUCGGUUGUGCUCAACCACCUCACCAAGAGAUUAGACGUGGCCGGCCGCGACGUGACCCGCAACCUCAUCAAGCUGCUCCUCCGCCGCGGCUACGCUCUGAACCGGACGGCAGAUUUCGAAACUGUCCGACAGAUCAAGGAGAAGCUGUGCUACGUGUCAUACGACCUGGAACUAGACAAGCGGCUGAGCGAAGACACUACGGUCCUUGUGGAGAAUUAUACCCUGCCCGACGGGCGUGUUAUUCGAGUGGGCAGCGAGCGAUUCGAAGCUCCCGAAUGCCUGUUUCAGCCUCAUCUUGUGGAUAGCGAAUCCCCCGGGCUGGGCGAGUUUCUGUUCAACACGAUCCAGUCGGCCGAUGUGGACAUUCGCGCUUCUCUGUUCAAGGCCAUUGUCCUGUCAGGAGGCAGCAGCAUGUACCCCGGCCUGCCGUCAAGGCUGGAAAAGGAGCUGAAGCAGCUGUGGCUUACGAGGGCUCUGCAGGGCAACCCCGAGAGGCUGGGCAAGUUCAAGGUGCGGAUAGAAGACCCGCCAAGGAGAAGACACAUGGUGUUCCUUGGCGGUGCGGUGUUGGCAAACAUUAUGGCUGACAAGGAGAGCAUGUGGGUGACCAAGGCGGAGUGGGAUGAACAAGGGCCUCGGGUGCUGGAGAAGCUAGGCCCGCGAUAA